CGGCGGCGAGGAGGCGGCGGCGGCGGAGCUGGGCGAGCGGCGCGGCGCGGUCUGCGGGGCGCCCGCCCCGGAGCGGCGGGAGGAGGGGCCGGAGCCGGACGCGGCGCGCCGCUCGGGAAAGUAAAGUUGGAGCCGGAGGCCGGGCGUGGGGGCCGGAGGCGCGGCGCAGACCCCUAGCCGGCCGAUGGGAGGCGGGGCGCCCGGGCCGCCGCCGCCUGCAGCCUGCGCCGCCGAGGCCCGCCCGCCCGGGUGCCGCGUCGCCGUGGGCUCGCGGCCGGGGCGCUCCCCGUGAGCCGGACCCAGGGCGGGGCCGCUCGGACCCGGGACCGGCCCCCGCCCCCCGCCGCCGCGGCGCCGCCCGCCCCGGCGCCUCCCGCUCCGCACUAGCGCGGCGCUGCGGGAGCCGCGGCCAGCUCUCCUCCCGCCUCUCCUCCCGCCGCCGCCGCCGCCGCCGCCGAGCCAACACGGCCGGGGGCCGGCUGCGGGGCGCCGCGGCUCCCGGGGGGCGCGCCCCAGGAGCAGGCGGCGAUGCGGGCGCCGGCCCGGGCCGGCGGGCUCCGGAGCUGCCGCGGCUGCGCCCCGGCUCCGGGCGGGACCGCGUAGCUCGCGGGAGGCCCAUGGCGUCCCCGGCGCUGGCCGUGGCGCUGGCGGCGGCGGCGGCGGGGCCCAACGCCAGCGGCGCCCGCGAGGGGGGCGGCGGCGGGGGAGCCGCCAACGCCUCGGGGGGCGCCUGGGGGCCGCCGCCCGGCCAGUACUCGGCGGGCGCCGUGGCGGGGCUGGCGGCCGUGGUGGGCUUCCUCAUCGUCUUCACCGUGGUGGGCAACGUGCUGGUGGUGAUCGCCGUGCUGACCAGCCGCGCGCUGCGCGCCCCGCAGAACCUCUUCCUGGUGUCGCUGGCCUCGGCGGACAUCCUGGUGGCCACGCUGGUCAUGCCCUUCUCGCUGGCCAACGAGCUCAUGGCCUACUGGUACUUCGGGCAGGUGUGGUGCGGCGUGUACCUGGCGCUGGACGUGCUCUUCUGCACCUCGUCCAUCGUGCACCUGUGCGCCAUCAGCCUGGACCGCUACUGGUCCGUGACGCGGGCCGUGGAGUACAACCUGCAGCGCACGCCGCGCCGCGUCAAGGCCACCAUCGUGGCCGUGUGGCUCGUCUCGGCCGUCAUCUCCUUCCCGCCGCUCGUCUCGCUCUACCGCCGGCCCGCCGCCGCCGCCUACCCGCAGUGCGGCCUCAACGACGAGACCUGGUACAUCCUGUCGUCCUGCGUGGGCUCCUUCUUCGCGCCCUGCCUCAUCAUGCUGCUGGUCUACGCGCGCAUCUACCGCGUGGCCAAGCGGCGCACGCGCGCGCUCAGCGACAAGCGCCCGGCCGGCCCCGACGGCGCGGCCCCCGCGGAGAACGGGCUGGGGGUGCCGGCGGGCGCGGGCGAGGACGGGCCCUGCGCGCCCCCGCGCCGCCCGCGCGCCGCCCUGGAGCCCGAGGACAGCAGCGCGGCGGCCGAGCGGCGGCGGCGCCGGGGCGCGGUGCGGAGGGGCGGGCGGCGGCGCGCGGGCGGCCCGGCGGGCGAGGGCGAGGGCGGCGCCGAGGCGCUGGCUGCCGGGCCCGCCGCCGCCGCCGAGGAGGGCGCGCUCCCCGCCGCCGCCGCCGCCGCCGCCGCCGCGCGGAGCCCGGGCCCCGGCGGGCGGCCGUCCCGCGCCAGCUCGCGCUCCGUGGAGUUCUUCCUGUCGCGCCGGCGCCGCGCGCGCAGCAGCGUGUGCCGCCGCAAGGUGGCCCAGGCGCGCGAGAAGCGCUUCACCUUCGUGCUGGCCGUGGUGAUGGGCGUGUUCGUGCUGUGCUGGUUCCCCUUCUUCUUCAGCUACAGCCUCUACGGCAUCUGCCGCCAGGCCUGCCAGGUGCCCGACCCGCUCUUCAAGUUCUUCUUCUGGAUCGGCUACUGCAACAGCUCGCUCAACCCGGUCAUCUACACGGUGUUCAACCAGGACUUCCGGCGCGCCUUCCAGCACAUCCUCUUCCGCCGCAGGCGCAGGGGCUUCAGGCAGUGACUGCGCGCCUGGCGCGGGGACCCCGAGACCCCGGGCGGCUCCGGGGGUAGGGGGCGGGUGGGUGCCGCCCCCAGAGACAGCUGGUUCGAUCCCCCGGAGAGCGGAGAGCCGUGAGGGACUGGCCUCCAGGGCGCAGGGCAGGCACCCGGGCUGAAUGGACCCAAGCGCCCCCGGGAGAGGGGAGGAGAAAGGGGCGCCCCUCUGCCUCCCCAUCUCAGCGAGGGGCUGCUGGUGAGACUGCAGGCCUGGACCCUGCUCAGGGGUCCCGGCCGCGGGGAGCUGUUAGGUCGGGGUUUUAGCCACGCGCACUUGCAACCUUCCAGGCGGUGAGGACGCCCCCAGACGCGCGCCGCCCCGCACCCACUUCCGAGCAAGGGCUGACUUCCCCAGGACCAGGGAGCUGUCUGGGGGCCACUGACCACGUUUGGUAACUGAAAGUAUUGAAAUGUUUGCCAAAAACGACAACCCCAACCACCAAACUAUUUUCUAAAUAAACCUUUGUAAGCUAA